CAGCUGCACCAUGGCCCCGAAGCCCCGCCGAAAGGCUGUCGCCGCGCUGCCGUGGCAGUGCCAGUACACGUACAAGCCGUGCUUUGAGCGGCGCGCGACCAAGCGCAACGGCGAGCUCCACUCCCUCUGCGAGAUGCACCGCAACAAGGCCAACGCGCUCCAACGGGCGUAUGCGAAGAAGGACCGCGACGCGACCGAGAGCGAGAGCGGCGAAUCCUCGUCGCCGGCGCCGGCCGAGCCAACGCACCAGUGCCAGUACACGUACAAGCCGUGCUUCCAGCCGCGCGCGACCAAGCGCAACGGUGAGCUCCACUCGCUCUGCGAAUUCCAUCGGACAAAGGCCAACGCGCUGCAGCAAGCAUACGCGCAAAAGAAGCGCCUCAAGCGCCUCAGCGAGGCAUCGCCGCCACCGGACGAGCCGCCUCGGGUCAAGCGACUCUGCAUUAGCAACCUCCUCGCAGCCGACGCGCGUGCGUUCCCGCCGGCGCCGAGGUAUCUCGCACCAGCGCCGCCGAUGUAUCUCGCGCCAGCGCCGCCAACCUAUCGUGCGUCGCCGCCAUCCAACUUUGUCUCGCCGAUGCUGCGCGGGGCGCCCGGCCGGCCCAUCGUGCUGCCACCGCUGCGCUCGCUCCCAGCCACGCACAGCUUUUUGCAGCCGCCGCCGCGUCCGCCGACGGAGCUGUAUGCGCCGCCGUACGAUGGCCGGUACGAUUAUGACGGGCAGUACCAGGACCACAAGUGGAACGACCGGGGACCGCAGCCGUAG